AUAAAGACGUUUUUGGGACCAGAAGAGAAUAUUCCAAAAGUUUAAGUACUUUUGUGGUGAUACGUGGCAAUUAAUAGAGAUUCUUGUGUCCACAAUGACCCAAAGAAAAAAUAAAAGGAGUACAUCGAUAAGACUUGGAUUGAUCAACAUUGUGAUUACUGGCGAGCACGAUGUAUCCUUCAGUGAAUAUCGACCCAAGUCUUUUAAAAGGCCCAGUAUUUUACAAGCUGAUGGGACGUCACAUCAUCAGCCUUAAACAGCAGGAAACAAAUGGCUACCCACGGCCGCAUCCGAUCCACAAGACCCGAGCAGUUAUCAAUUCAGUCGAAAUCGAUCAGUUGCGCUCCAAACCGGCCAUCCAGUUGAAAUCUGACGAACGAAUCUGCGAUCGUUGCUCGACUAUUUUCAAAGUCGAUUCCAGAGGAUUGGCCAUCAAUCACAAUCAUUCCGCUGACGACGAAUGUUCGUAUCAUUGGGGAAGGUCCUUCCGCAACCCCGGAACUAAUAUGACAUCGCCGUUCAGUUGUUGCGGAAGUGAUCGGAAAGAAAAAGGAUGCGCCACGUCGAAACACCACGUAUUCAACAUCGAGAACCUCAAGACCGUUGACGGAUUCGUUCACACGAUGGACAAGCCGCCACUCCCCGGCGGCGACUACGGCGUCUACGCCAUGGAUUGCGAGAUGUGCUACACGACGGAAGGCGGUGAACUGACCCGCAUCACGAUUGUCUCGUCCGAUUUGAAGAUCGUUUACGACACGCUCGUCAAACCCGACAAUCCCGUCGUCGACUACAACACGAGAUUCAGCGGGAUUUCCGAACGGGACCUCAAACAUGUCAUGACUAAACUCAAAGACGUCCAGGCCUUCCUUCUCAAUUUGCUGUCCAGCAAAACCAUUUUGAUUGGACAUGGUCUUGGCAGUGAUUUGCGCGCUCUUCGGUUGAUCCACGACACGGUAAUUGAUACCAGCAUCGUGUUCCCGCAUUCCAGAGGUCCGCCCUACAAGAGAGGCUUAAAGAAAUUGAUUCUCGAUCAUUUUCAAAAGCAUAUUCAGAAAGAUGGUGGACACAAUAGCGUCGAAGAUGCAAUCGCCUGCAUGGAGCUCAUGUUAUGGAAAAUCAAACCUUUUCUCUGCAAGUAAAGGUGUCAAAUUUGGGACAGACCACGAAAACGACAGGCUUUUACGAUUGACAAUUUUGACU